AUGGAGAGUCCCAGUGGAGGCAGUGGAGCUCCGGCCAUCGCCUUCAUCUCGGGCCCUGUCGAUACCGGCCCCGAUGAAGCUUACUUUCAUACCCACUAUGUGCCCCGAAUCAACCACGCCAUCGACUGUGGCCACCACUUCGUCAUCGGCCCGCUCCCACGCGGGGUUGAUGCCGACGCCCUUGCGUAUCUCCUCGCGUACUCCGUUGCCCCCAGUCGAGUCUCCAUCUUUGUGACACCCGCCGAAGAUGGGAUGUGGGGCGCUCACUUCCGUUCGUUUGGCGUCCAUGUGCAGGUGGUUGACGGGCAAAUGAGCCGCGAUCGCGAUGCUGCUCUCACCCAGGCCAGUACAUACGACAUCCUCCGACUACGAACUGCGGACGAGGCACGGGUAUUUUAUGGUCGUCUAUGGCGAGAAGGAUAUGUGACCAACACGGAGCGCAAUUGGAAGCGACGUCGGGGGAUUCCAGAGGAUGCCGUGGUUGGCGUGGACGAGAUCAACCAAACCAUGGGAGACGUGUCCAACGUGCCCAAUCCCAGACAUCAGGGUACCUUGGCCCGGUGGGUGGACGAAUUGUUGAGACGCCAUCAGUAA